UUUAAUCCCAAAUCGAAGUUUAAAAAAAAACAAAAAAUCACUCCCACGCACUGGCUUCGUACCCCGCGCUUCGGUUUUCGGCUUUAGAGAUCGAGGCAGCCGAAGCUGUGAAACUCAUCGCUCGACUGUUAAACCCUAGGCCAACCAAACCCCUUUCUCUCUUCAGUUCCCUCAAACCCUAGCCCAACCAAACCCCUCUCUCUGUCUCUCUAGUUGUGAUAAAAGACAGAGAUGGAGGAGUUUUUGUAUACUGAUAUCGAAUCUUUAUGUGCAAAACUCAAGUAUCAAGAAAAGCAGCUCAAACUCAAAAGAAGGUGGUUGAUGGGACUACCUUUAUCUGAUUAUGAACAAAAGCAAUUAAACAGAUUGAAGUUUCAAGAAAACAAGUGGCUCAAUUAAGUUUGGGAAAAUCCGGUGGAAGAUGAAAAAGAUCAUCAAAGAAUGUCUUCCAGAAGUACUUGGAAACUUGAAAGGUAGCUACAAAAUAAACAUAGCGGAACAACUAUGUCAACUUCUCAGGAACUCCCACAAUUUCCGUAGAAAUCGUUCUCCACUUUUGACUCCUGCAUCCCAAUCCCACCAUGCUGCUGCUACUAAGGUACUGGAUGGACUUGAGGACAUGCCUUUCCAGACUUUAAGCGCAAUGCACAGGAAACUCAGAGGUAUCCAGGGAUAUGUGCCCCAGUUGCGGACCUCAAAAUCUGGAUGGGGACGAAGCAUUUUAAUCGCUCAAGUGAGGAAAAGUUGUAUGAUGAUGCUAUCAGAACUUGGUGAAGAGAAUAAAUUGCAGGAACCACUAGCCAAAGCAAUGGCAGUUGGGGGCUUAUGGACAAAGCUAAUACAAGGAUGUCCCUUCGUAACAGAGUUUCAGCAAUUCUCACCAGAAGAUGAAGCCUUGCAGAAUGAGAUAGCAAAGGCAAUAUGGCUUCUAAAAGAGAAGGUGAGAUUUCCAGAGUUGAAGAAUUUGCAAUUGUUGCUGGACCCAAAGGCUGAGUUAUCAAAUAGGAGUUUACAAACAGCAGUAAAGAACUUGUUGACAGAGUAUCUUUUUGAAUGCAGUGAUAUGGACACCAUUCCAGACUAUCUAUUAGAAACACUUUGUAUCAUCAAUAGAACCUCUAGGACUGCUCCUUACAGAUUUUUUUCGAAGGAGGAAAAAGAAGAAGAGGUAGAACAUGUAUUGAAUGUGAGUUCUCAGAUAAAGCAUAUUUUGUGGGACUUGCUUCCUGAAUAUGAGUUUGACGAAGAUUUUGCAGAUGCAUACAUGGAAUAUUUAGAAGAAAGUGAUGAUGGUGAUGAUUAUGAUGAUAAUGACAGUGAUGAGAAGCAAGAAGAGUUACUCCAGCAAAAUAACUUGUUUCAUCCUAGUGAUCUAUAUGGCCAAACAGAAACUACUGGGGAGACAAAUCCAACUAAUUUCGGGUCGCCUGCCUCUACCAUUAAAAGGAAUGGCUCUUCCCUGGUUCUUACACCCAACAGAAGCUUAGAUAAUAUGGAAGAAAACCAGUCCCAUGUAAGUGUGAGGAAUUCAGAACUGAGGGAUUACCAUGUUGAGAGACAAGAACCUACAGUUGAUCCAGAAAACCCGCCAGAUUUUGUUUCUUCUAACUUUUUACGUGACCGAAAUUUUAUGCAUGAUGAGCUGAACAUGAGUAGAAACCAAUACCUCACUCUCCAAGAAGCCUGUGACAAGACAAGUAUAGUGGCUUAUCGUCUCAUUGGUUGUGUAUUGGAUAAGUUGGCACAGAUAGAAGGUUUACAUUUAGACACGGGUGAUAUAUCAUAUCUCAGAGGCGAUUAUUCAAUUCGAAAAGAUUCUGGAGUUGCAAAUGAAGAGGUGCAUGGUUCAGUUAUUGUCCAAGUGCUUGAAGAGCUAUUACCUUCAUUUCCUGAAAG